CCUCAUCUAUGUGCUCUUUUAUCCUUAUAUAUAAUCUAAUAAAAAAGAGAAAAAGAGAUAAACACAAAAAGGGAAAGGGGGGAAAAGAAAGACAAAUAAAAAAGGGACCAAAUUUCACAUCCUCUAGCUUCUUCUUUUUUUUUUUUGAAAAAAUAUUGUAAUUUUUUUUAAAAUUUUCAAGAUGUUGGAAGGGAAAGCAGUAAUUGGAGACACAGAUAUGUUGGCAGCCAUGCAACAAGAUGCAUUAGAUUUGGCUGCAAAGGCACUUGACUUCUUUGAUGUCACUGAGGCCACUGAAAUUGCCCGCUUCCUUAAAAAGGAAUUUGAUACGAUGUAUGGACCAGGUUGGCAAUGCAUAGUAGGGACAGACUUUGGUUCAUUUGUAACACAUUGCUAUGGUUGUUUCAUCCAUUUCUACAUUGGUAGCCUUGCUAUUUUGCUCUUCAAGGGCUCUGCUGCCCUACAGGAUCCUAAAGCUGAGGCUGAGGCUGAGGCUGACCGGUUCUCCGCUCUCCAGGAAAUAGCGUGAAGUCACUCUUCAUUUUACGCGCAACUAGUCCAAUGUACAUUAUCACAUCGAAAAUAUGCAAAAUAAAAAAAAAUAUUAGGAAAUUCCAAAGAUUUAAUUUCACAUUUGUUUUCUCGUUUGUAUCUUCAUGUAUAUGAGUUAUAUAUGUCAAUUCGAUCUUUGUCAUCAAUUUGAUUUU